AUGUUCGCAUCCGAGUUUCACUUCUCUAGCAAACUUCUGGAACUGUUGACGAAAGGUAGUUCGCGGAGAGAGACCUCCACCCCCGCUGGCAGCUCGAGUAACGGUAAGAUGGACAGGGCCGUUCCGGCGAAUGGAUUCAAUUCGGCCGCCGGUCGCAACUGGAGCAGUGUUGCACGAGGGCCGCCAUCGCAAAGAUCUUUCGCACCCGUCUUUUUGGCA